GUUCCGCUUGAUUGCUCUCGGUAUAUAUACACGUGUAUUAGUUUGGUCCGUGAGUCUUGAAGAUAAACUAAUUAUUUCAUAUGCAGCAAGUUUGCGAUUUCACUGUGAAGACGAAUGCACUUGCUGUUUUCUUGUUUAAAUCAUCAGAAAUAUGGCUGAAAAUUCUCAGGAAGAUAUUGCUACGGCAAUCUUGAGGCAGAAAGCUAAACCAAAUAGACUAAUGGUGGAAGAAGCAAUCAAUGAUGAUAACUCAGUCGUAUCACUCUCACAGGCAAAGAUGGACGAGCUACAGCUCUUCCGUGGAGACACAGUCCUGCUGAAAGGCAAGAAGAGACGAGACACAGUCUGCAUUGUACUCUCAGAUGAAACUGUAGCAAAUGACAAGAUACGUCUUAAUCGAGUCGUCAGAAGUAACCUCCGGGUUCGUCUUGGAGAUAUCGCCAGUGUACAUGCCUGCCCAGACGUGAAAUAUGGCAAACGCAUUCACGUGCUGCCCAUUGAUGACACUAUUGAAGGCAUUUCAGGAAACCUCUUUGAUGUGUACUUGAAGCCGUACUUCCAGCAGGCUUACCGUCCAGUCAGGAAAGGUGACAUUUUCCAAGUGCGGAAAGCACAUAGGGCGGUGGAGUUCAAAGUGGUCGAAACCGACCCUGGACCAUACUGCAUCGUCUCACCAGAUACAGUCAUACACUUUGAAGGAGAGGCAAUCAAACGAGAGGACGAGGAGGAGAAUCUGAAUGAGAUCGGUUAUGAUGACAUCGGAGGAUGCCGUAAACAGUUAGCUUGUAUCAAGGAGAUGGUUGAAUUACCCCUUCGCCACCCUGCUCUCUUUAGAGCCAUCGGAGUCAAGCCUCCCCGUGGUAUCCUGUUAUACGGACCCCCUGGUGUUGGUAAGACACUGAUUGCUAGAGCCGUAGCCAAUGAAACGGGAGCUUUCUUCUUCCUCAUUAAUGGACCAGAAAUAAUGAGUAAGCUGGCUGGAGACUCCGAGUCCAACCUUCGUAAAGCCUUCGAGGAAGCAGAAAAGAAUGCCCCUGCCAUCAUCUUCAUUGAUGAACUAGACUCCAUUGCACCCAAGAGAGAAAAGACCCAUGGAGAAGUUGAACGAAGGAUUGUGUCACAACUCUUGACCCUCAUGGAUGGCUUGAAGAAGAGGUCACAUGUCGUUGUCAUGGCAGCCACAAACAGGCCCAACAGCAUUGACACAGCUCUGCGUAGAUUUGGUCGAUUUGAUCGUGAGAUAGAUAUUGGCAUUCCUGACUCAACCGGUCGUCUUGAGAUCUUACGAAUUCACACCAAGAACAUGAAACUAUCAGAGGAUGUAGAUCUUGAACAGAUUGCCAAUGAGACCCAUGGCCAUGUGGGUUCCGACUUGGCAGCUCUCUGUUCAGAAUCUGCUUUGCAACAGAUCCGUAAGAAGAUGGAUCUAAUUGAUCUGGAAGAAGAUAGCAUCGAUGCUGAGGUCAUGGAUUCCCUAGCUGUAACUAUGGAUGACUUCAGGUAUGCACUGAGCAAGAGCAGCCCAAGUGCUCUGCGUGAGACAGUGGUGGAGGUACCCACUGUCACAUGGCAGGACAUCGGAGGUCUGGAGAAUGUCAAGCGGGAGCUCCAGGAGCUUGUCCAGUACCCCGUAGAACAUCCAGACAAGUUCCUCAAGUUUGGAAUGACCCCAAGCCGCGGAGUGCUCUUCUACGGUCCACCGGGAUGCGGUAAGACUCUGCUUGCCAAGGCCAUCGCCAAUGAGUGCCAGGCCAACUUCAUCUCCAUCAAGGGUCCAGAGCUUCUGACCAUGUGGUUUGGAGAGUCAGAAGCCAAUGUCAGGGAUGUCUUUGACAAGGCAAGGCAAGCUGCCCCAUGCGUUCUCUUCUUCGACGAGUUGGAUUCCAUUGCCAAGUCUCGAGGAGGUAACGUGGGCGAUGCUGGUGGUGCCUCAGACCGUGUUAUCAACCAAGUGCUCACCGAGAUGGAUGGUAUGGGCUCCAAGAAGAAUGUCUUUAUCAUCGGUGCAACCAACAGACCAGACAUUGUAGACCCUGCUAUCCUGCGUCCAGGACGUCUUGAUCAGCUCAUUUAUAUCCCAUUGCCAGAUGAAGCAUCAAGGAUCUCCAUUCUUCAGGCUAACCUCAGAAAAUCACCUGUAGAUAAGGGAGUUGACCUGCUGUACCUUGCUAAGGUGACCCAGGGAUUCAGUGGUGCUGAUCUGACAGAGAUCUGCCAGCGUGCCUGCAAGCUAGCCAUCCGUGAGAGCAUUGAGCAGGAGAUCAGGAAGCAGAGGGAGCGUGUAGCAAACCCUGACCUUGACAUGGAGACAGAUGAAGAGGAUCCAGUCCCAGAGAUCACAAAGCUUCACUUUGUGGAAGCAAUGAAGUUUGCCCGUCGAUCCGUCAGCGACAACGACAUCCGUAAAUAUGAGAUGUUCUCGCAGACUCUGCAGCAAAGCAGAGGAUUUGGUGGUAAUUUCAGAUUCCCUGAUGCUGCUGGGCCAACAGCUGGUCAAGGUACGCCAGGGUCUGGGGGAGCUAAUCCUAAUCUCUAUCAAGACACUGAAGAUGAUGAUCUCUACAGUUAAAUCUCUCUUGCUCAAAGAUGCCACUCAAAGAUUCCAGUAAAUACAGGAGAAAAUGUAAUGAAGGAUUAUUAUAUCUGGGUGUAGUGUUCCCUGAAAGAGUGUAUAUUAUUAUUGUCAUUUUCAUUCAUGUUCGUUUAAAUUUAGAAUUGUAUAAUUGAUCGGGGGAGAAAGAGAAUGUAAUAUUGGAAAGGGCUCACAGGAGUUAAUCAAAUUGUAUACAUUGCUUGAUGUAGAACAUAAUGGUGCGCUAAGAGCCUAUAUACUGUAAGAAAUUAGAGACUCCAGUGUCUUUAAAUUUUGUUAAAUGGUGUACAAAAAGAUGCAGAAAUGGAAUGAGGAAGAAUGAAAAGAAAUAUUUCAAAAACUGUUACCAUUUAUGAUCCACAUGGUAUUUAUCUUGUAUAAUUUAUUACUCUACGAGACUGUCAGUUUCACAGAAUGUCUGUGAAAAGAUACAUUGUUUCACAACACUACAUUGCAAUUUUUAAAAUAGAAUCUAUAUGAAAUUGAAUGUAAGUUAAAAAUUUGAAGCUGUAAUUUAUGGUAGAUAGCUGAGGGCAGUCUCAUUUCAAAGCAAAACUUGAGUAGAAUCUUUAAAAAAUACAAUCUCCAAAAUUUAAUCCAAAAUGUAUGUUAAAAGUGUGGUUCAGUUGUUAAGAUCAAUUUUCUUUUACUGAGCACAAGGCUAAUUGAACUUCUAAGAAUUACAAAAAUUGUAAUAAAUGAUUUAUAUACAUCUGUACAGUAUGGACGGAUUGUUCCAUCUCUAUUGGGUAGCUUACAGAUUUCAGAUGGACACUAUCACAUAUUUAUACAAUAUCUAUUUAAUCUCUUGUUUUUUUUCAUCCAUUAUUUUUAUAUGUUAUUUUUUCCUGUCAAAAUAACAUGCCUUUUUAUGAAUUUAUAUUUGUUGAGUUAUAACCGACACAAGCAAUAUUUGAUUCUUCUAUAUCUUUUCAUCUUAUAUUUCCGAUAAAAAAAAAAAUCCUCAGUUUGGCCGAAAUACAAUCAAGUCAUACAGUUCACAUGUGUAGUUCAGUCCUGUUAUGGAAUAUAGUGUACUCAAACAUUUUUGUGUAAUAAUAUUUGUUUAACAGUGAGAUAAGUGUCAUAAUGUCUAUAAAGAACAAUGACUUCUAAACAGAUUACUUUGGACUGAUACCAGUGAUAUACUGUACCAUCUAACAAUUAAUUUUUAUUUUGCCUCUUGUGUCUUGGCAGCAAAUGCCAAUGAAGAUAUGGAAGGAAAGGGGGGAGUGAUAUAGUCUGUGAAUCUGCACAGAUUUUUCACUGAUAUUUUGAUCACCCACAUUCUGCCUCUUACCAGGCAUGAACAUUUAAAAUGAAAUGAAAAAUAUUAUUUACUUCUCAUUCAAAUAUAUAGAAAAAUACAAAAAAAAAAUAUGAAGAAGUGGUUAUUCAAUCAGCUCUCUCUCUCUGAUUAUGAAUUCAAUAUAAGGUUGUUGAACCUAAUAUGCCCACAUCUUAAAAAAGUAAUAAAAUUGUAAAAUGAGAUCGAAGGAUUUUUUUUCUUUAAAUUUAGAUGACUUAUUUCUCUUUGUGAUAACUGGGCUCAUUCUCUUUGUGUAGGAACUGUUCACAUUUUGUAGGAACCUUUCAUGUCAUCCGUAUUUGCAUGUUAUUCAUGUACUACCACAUUGAUAAUAAUUUGAUAGGAUUCAGUAUAACACAUGGGCAGUCACUUCAUGGCUAUUCUACAGGGAAUAAUGUAUUUGAAUUUUCGACCAUUUUUUUGUUCUAACCGAAACAAACAUUUUAGUUAUAUUAAAAUGAAACCAAUCUGAAUUGUCUCCUAACUACUUUUGAUGGAUUAUAAACAUACACAUUAUUGAUAAUAUAGAGAUUAGUUUUCAUUUAUAUGUACUUUUUGUUUGUUUUCAUGACCAAAUUGCAAGAUGUAGACAGAUAAAUCAUUUACAAACAUUAUAGGGUAAAACCAUUUCUGUGCAGUGUAGGAAUAAUUUAAGGUUCACUUGUGUUACUCUCUAAUUUUUGCAAUUUGCUGAAUGUCUGUCUCUUAUUGCUUUGAAAAAUGACGAAUAAAAUUCAUGUUACGUA